CUUGCUUCAGGCCAGAGGUGGCUCGCUCACCUUCUGCUGGCCUUCCCAGCCAGCGGGGACUUGGUGACCACAGCGUGCCUGGGGUUUGUACACUCUUCACAUCCUUCUCCAUCGUGUUUCCUUCCUGUUCUCUGACACACUCUGCUGUCCAAGUCCUGGGUUACCAAGUGAGGAGUGAUGUGCGGUGGCGACAGGCUGGUUUUUCUCAGCCUUUAGGGCUCCGGGAUUGAACCCGGCAGGUUGUGCGCGUGUUGGUCCCCAUGGACAGAGAGGACGAAUCAAGCAGAAUCUUGGGAGGAGGGAAGGGACCCCCGGAAAUGAACAUACAAGAUAUUCACUCUAGUUAUUAGGUGAAAUGGACUUCUUUUUGCUUUAUUCCUUAAGCUGGUGGUGGUUGUAUUUUUAUUUUAUUAUUAUUAUUUUUGGGGGGGCUCAAAGUGGCAGUGGAGAAAGGGCAUUUUUCUUUUCAUUCUUGAAUUGAGUGGAAUCUGUAGACUCCGGAAGGAAUUUGUGUGAGAAAUAUUCUAGUUUACCACUAAUUGAAAACGGAAACGUUUUUAUGUUUGGUCGUUUGUUUUAUAAGGAAUGCAUAAUAAGUGAGAAGUCAUUUACUGUUGGUAAGGAAACGCAACUGCUCAUUUUUAUCAGGGUAUUGCCGUACUUAUUUUAUUGCAAGCAGCACGUUAAUUUGGAGUUGGCAGUGCUUUUGAAAAUCAGGCUGUCAUGUCAAUGCAGAUUUUUAAAUUAGAGGAAAUACAGAUAAUUGAAAUGGCCAGGAUUUCCUCGUACUGCUUUAAAGGCCUGACAUUUGUUUGUGCACGAAAAGUUAUCUUGUUAUGUGAGUGAGCCCUUAUUUAAACUUUAAAAAGUCUUUUCAUGAUUUCAAAUGUGAAUACUCCAACAUGAAUGGAACUGUACAUUGAGGCGUGUGUGUGUGUUCACACACACACUAUAAACACGCAAGAACUGCUAUACUCGUCUGUAUUCAUUUUGCGUCUCUUCCACGAGCUAGCUUGAAAAUCCUGGUUGCUACAGAAAAUGACUUCUUAUUUUGAGACUCCAUUUUAGUUUGGGAUCUCUUUUUUAAUGAAUGAAGUAUAUACCUUGACUAGUUUCUUCAUCAUGAAUCAAAUGCUUCUAACAGCAAACAAAUGGCACAAAAGCAGCAGCACCAAAGCCGUUUUUAAGUGGAAUUUUCCUUUAUGGAGAUGAACUGAUGCUGAGCUCUCUAUUCCAGUGCUCAUGCUCAGUAUUCCCUACAAGGGCGUAUUUUCGUUAUUUGUUAGUUUCACCAACAGGAAGGCAUUACUUCUUGAUUCUGCUUUUUACAAGUUGAAUAGCCUAAUUUUUAUGGCACGGGGUCUCUUGCUCGCAUUCUUCUUCCAUGAUGUGGUCCUCGGCCUCUCUUGGAUUGGACUCUGGCCAGAACCCCAGCAUCAUUGUAAUCCACUGAUGAAGGUGAUCAUUACCAGGAUUUCAGAUGCAUGCCAGGUUUCCACUGAUUGCCAGAAUUCGAGAUCACUACACAUGGAUCCCCCAAACCAGCAUGGCAGUGGCAGUUCAUUGGUCGUGACCCAGCCGCCCGCCCUGGACAGCCGGCAGCGGCUCGACUAUGACAGAGAGAUCCCACCUGCUGCUAUUUUGUCCCUAGACCAGAUCAAGGCCAUCAGAGGCAGCAAUGAAUACACGGAAGGGCCGUCAGUAGUGAAAAGACCUGCUCCUCGAACAGCCCCGAGACAAGAAAAGCAUGAGAGGACUCAUGAAAUUAUACCAAUUAAUGUGAAUAACAACUACGAGCAUAGACCUGCGAGCCACCUGGGACACGCGGGACUCUCACAUCACGCCCGAGGCCCUGUUCUGAGCAGAUCGACCAGCACUGGGAGCGCGGCCAGUUCUGGGAGCAAUAGCAGCGCAUCAUCUGAGCAGGGGCUGCUGGGAAGGUCACCGCCCGCCAGACCUAUCCCUGCUCAUCGGUCUGAAAGGGCCAUCCGGACCCAGCCCAAGCAGCUGACGGUGGAUGACUUGAAGGGCUCUUUGAAAGAGGACCUGACCCAGCACAAGUUCAUCUGUGAGCAGUGUGGGAAGUGCAAGUGUGGCGAGUGCACGGCCCCCAGGACCCUGCCGUCCUGCUUGGCCUGUGACCGGCAGUGCCUCUGCUCGGCAGAGAGCAUGGUGGAGUACGGGACCUGCAUGUGCUUGGUCAAGGGCAUCUUCUACCACUGCUCCAACGACGAUGAGGGCGACUCGUACUCGGAUAGCCCUUGCUCCUGCUCCCAGUCACACUGCUGCUCUCGGUACCUGUGCAUGGGAGCCAUGUCUCUGUUUCUACCUUGCUUACUCUGUUACCCUCCUGCCAAGGGGUGCCUGAAGCUCUGCAGGGGGUGCUAUGACUGGACCCACCGCCCAGGGUGCAGAUGUAAGAACUCCAACACUGUCUACUGUAAGCUGGAGAGCUGCCCCUCCCGGGCUCAGGGGAAGCCUUCAUGAUUUGGGAGGUGGGUUGGACCUCUUGAACUCCUAACUUUCGAGCUGUGGCUGUUGGAAAAGAUGCUAUUUGAUACUGAUUUUAUUUUCUUUACGACUUUCCCAUUGCCUGCCUUCUCUCCUUCUGUUCCCAAGGCUUGACUUGUGGAUGGUACCCUCUGGUGGACAAUCAAUGAGAAUGGACUGGGUCCCGCUCAGGACGAGAGCCUCUGCCACCCACCAAGAGGGUGUUGGGAGCCACUGGCUUGGGGUUUUUGUAGCCUUUUUAGUCUGCAAGCAACUUUCCAAAGUUGCCCACACAACAACCGUCCCCCCCCCACACACACACCCCUAGGGGACAGUGAUUGACAGCUGUUUUUGAUGGGGUUAUUCUGGGAGCAGGGAAAUUGGUGUUUAAAAAAGCAACCCUUUAAUUGCUUAAAUAAGCUAUGUAUUCAGUCUCUCUCCAGUUAGUGCCGUCUUACUAGCAUUGGACCCUUAAGUAGCAUGGGGGAUAUAUUUUUGUUAUAACAUAAAAGUUUUCCUUUAACCACUGCCUUCUUGCCCCUCAGAGUUCCCUCCCCUCAGUUUUGGCAUUGUCUUAUUGUAGUGAUGCCAUGGUUUUGUUUGGGGUUUUUUUGGUAUGGAAUGUUAGAUUCACUCUUCACAUUGGAGAUAUAUUGGUUGUCUCUUGCUGAUCUUUAUUCUAGCUUUCUUAUUCGUGAAGGUCUCAGCUGCCUUCCUUCCACAUCCCACACCUUUCACCAAAUCUCUCUUGUCGUUGAGGGCACCUGGGUUACUGAAGGUGAUAUUUAUAGCUCAUCAGUCUGCAGGUGUCAGAGAGGUAUGCUGCCUGACGUGAUCUUGGCUCCUGAAUGGUCCCUUUGCCUUGGUUAGUUAACAGCUGAGUAAGUCUAAUCUCUUCUGUGUUCUCAUUGCCUUAGCCACAAAUUGUGGUGCUUUUUGUAUAUUUUAUGUAUAAAUCACAAAGUUGAAUUCUGACUAUUUUUAAGACAAAAGUCUGUUAAACUUUUUUAUUGUAAAGAAUAUUUAUUAUGCGAAUCUCUAUUAUUUUAUGAUAUUUAUUGCAAAAGACUGUUGAAAUGUACUCAUGUCUGAAUAUAACAAAAUAUCAAUACAUAACGGAAAAUAAGGUGAUACGAAGAAAGUACAUAUGUUAACUAUAAUGCAGAAAUAUAUUAAUUAACAAAAC